AACCUUCUGACCUUCCUGACCCAUUCCUGGCCUGUCCCCAUUUCAACUUGGACAACGGUCAGAACUCAACUCCGCACACUCCAGCCACUGCAGCAGUCUCCCGCUACCAACAACCCCCCAUAUCACACUCAUGUCUCCCCCACAGCACCAGCAGCAACCGCCAGCACCGACAACGACGGUCUUUGUCGGCACUCUCAUCCACUCGACAGGUCUCGCCACACUAGAGAUCAUCGCACCAGGUGUUCUCGGGGUCGACUCGAACGGGAGGAUUUCGUUUGUGGAGAAACUAAGACAUAGUGGGGAGAGCGAGGGAGACGAUGGUGUGGAGGAUGAGAGGCUGCUGAGGGAGUUGUUGACGAGGGUGGGCGCGGAAGGGGUUGAGAUCCGCCGGCUCCCAUCACACUCCUUCCUCAUCCCCGGCCUCAUCGACACGCACGUCCACGCUCCACAAUACGCCUACACCGGCACCGGCUACACGCUUCCCCUCCUCGACUGGCUCACCACCUACACCUUCCCCUCCGAACGCAAGUUCUCCUCCCUCAUGCACGCCCAAACCAUCUACCCCAAAGCCGUCGCGCGCUCCCUCCGCUGCGGUACAACCACCGCCGCCUGGUACGGCACCCUCCACCUGCCCGCCACAAAAGUCCUCGCGGAAACCUGCAAAUCACUAGGCCAGCGCGCCUUUGUCGGAAAAGUCUGCAUGGACCGGAACGGCGGCGAAGGCUACGUCGAACCCUCCGCCUCAGACAGUCUCGAAACAACAAAAGAAUUCAUCAACGCCGUGCAAUCCCUCAACGCAGACACAGUCCAACCCAUCCUCACCCCCCGUUUCGCCGUCUCCUGCUCCUCCGAGCUAAUGAAAGGCCUCGCACAACUCGCAUCCCAGCAUGCCCUAAGAAUCCAAACCCACUGCUCCGAAAACCCCGCCGAAUGCUCAUUCAUCCGCGAUCUCUUCCCCGACUCCCGCGACUACGUCUCUGUCUACCACGACCAUGGCUUGCUUACCAACCGGACCGUCCUCGCGCAUUGCGUUCACCUCUCGGAUGCCGAGACCACCCUCCUCAGUGAAACGCAGGCGGGGAUAUCCCACUGCCCAGUAAGCAACUUCGCCCUCUCCUCGGGGGUCUGCAACGUCCGCCGUCUCCUCGACGCCAACAUCAAAGUCGGCCUCGGCACCGACGUCGCUGGGGGCUGGAGUAUGAGCGUUGUGGAAGCGAUGCGCAGCGCGUUGGUCGCGAGUAAAGUCGUGGGGUUCACCCAACGGGACGCGUUACUCGCCUUGUCGAAAAUCCCGAAAAGCGUGGUGGAGGAUGAGGGACCGGUGCUGUACCAUGACCAGCCGCAUCGGCCGUUGACGGUGCCGGAGGUGUUUUAUCUGGCGACGCUGGGCGGGGCGCGUGUCCUGAACAUCGCGGAGACGGUGGGGAACUUUAUACCGGGGAAGGAGUUUGACGCCGUGAUUGUCGACCUUGAUGCCCCAGAAACGACAACGAGUGAGAUAGAUGAGGCCCGCCGCCCCGUGACCGUGUUUGAGCAUGAUACCGUCACGACGAUGUUUGAGAAGUGGGUGUUUUUGGGGGAUGAUCGGAAUGUGGCCGGGGUGUGGGUUAAGGGGAGGAGGGUUGUUUGAAGGUGGGGGAGCCUGACUGGGUUGGAGGGAUAUUUUGUACAUCACAGACAUAGGAUACUUUUUUGUGACAUAGCACAUAGAACGCUCUACGCCUUCACGCAAUCAGGACGUUUCUUACGCAGUUGCCCAGUUUACACUACUCUAGAUACAUAAACUCAUGGCGUUUCCGUACAUUAUGCAUUGGAAUCCCUGUUAUCCCCGUCUUUCGAAGUCUGACGGCCCUCACACGCGGAGCGGGUUCCGAAAAGGCACGAGCCUCCGGGAGCGGCAUCUCCCGAGUUCGAAUGGUCCGCGCUAAAGGAAACCCGGAGACAAAUGCCCUGCGGCCGGACGUCUGUGACGGAGCCGCACGUACAUGUACAUUCCAUGUUCUAGCAUGUGGAUAGCGUCUUUCAGGUGAGCAUGCCCGAGAUGAUCAGUCGCUUUGAGACCGUGGUUGCCAG